AUGACUCAGAGCCGGCAUGUCACCCGCCACCAACAGAAGCGCAACCUCGAGAAGGCCAAGGUCGCCGCGCAGGCCAAAUCCCAGGCUCUCGCAGUCGCGGCGUGUUCUCUCCCUUCUUCUCUCUCCGCGCCCUCUUUCUCACUCUCUGUCCCCCUUUCUUCUCUCUCUGUUCCCCCUUCCGCUCUCUCCGCUCCCCUCUCCGCUCUCUCCGCUCCCCCCUCCGCUCUCUCCGCUCUCCCCUCGGCCGAUAUGCACACUCCGCCGACUCCCUCUUCCGCCCGGCGCGCUUUCAAGCGCCGCCUGGUUCCAUGGGACGAGAACGACGAUGCGCUUGUCCUUCCCCCUGCCGUUCCGCCGACUCCAAGCUCUGUGCUGCGGUCCGCGCAGUGCCUCUCCGCCUCCCCCGCAUUCCCGCGCCUUGCGCCCCCUCCGACUCCGCUGCUUCUCGAGGAGGUCGACAGCGACAGCACCUGCAGCAGCCCCGUAAACCCCCACCGCGUUCCGCAAACCCCCCGGCUUUCCGCUCAGCCCACGAGCGCCCCUGCGGAAACGCCAGCGGAAGAUUCGCGCAAGCGCCAGCGCGCGCAGCCCUCACAGGUGCAGCGGCUUGAGGAGGUGUUUCAGGCGGCGGUAGCGCCGCAGGGAGGAUCCGCGCAUGGGGGAAAGGCGCAAGCAGGGGGGCAAGUUGUCGUGUCCCCGGAGCGGCAGUGGCAGCUGGCGGCGGAGCUGGGGCUUCUCCCCCGACAGGUCUCCGCGUGGUUCCAGACGCGGCAGCUGGAGUGGCAGGCGGAGCAGGGGGAGGCGGAGCUGCGGAAGAUGCGUGCGGCGCACGCGGGAUUGGCGGAGCAGUGCUGCGAGAUGCGGAACGACUACGAGCUGCUGAAGGGGGACUACGCGCAGAUGCUGCUACACAUUGCAAAGAUUCUCAACAAGAUCACGCAAAUCGAGAAUCUCCUUAACGCGGACGAGAAAAAAUCGAAGGCACGAAGCCCGUAUGUCCGUAAAGAGCUGAUUUCCCAUCCGCAUCAGACGGGCGUGGAUCAGAAUAGACACCGCGCGGAACGAGGUGAUCAGAAGGGGAUUGUGAUGGAAAUGGCGCAGAAAACCGCGGCUUGCGCGCAAUAUGUGAUGGAGUCACCUGCGGACGACAAAUCCCAGUGGGGAGCGGAAGCGGAGCAGCUCGUUUCCGUUUCCGCUUCCGCAGACACCAUAGGCAGCGACGGUGGAGCUCCGCGUGCGGACCUUUCCUCUCCGCAGGGGGGUGAAGGCGAUCUCUCCGGCACGUUCUUGGAUGAUUUCGAGGAGCUUUCGGGCAGUUUGGGCGGGCAGCAAGAUUUCUUUGAGGCUGCGACUGCAGCGGCGGAAGCUCCUCUGAGAGAGAUGGGUCUCGGGGAGGCGCAGCAUCAGGGGCUGGCGCAGCAUCAGGGGGUGGCGCUGCAGGCGCAACAUGGGGCGCAGCAGAAGCCAGAUAGAGCGCAGCAGCAGCGCCAAGCGGAGGCGCCGCACCUGGGGGAGGUGCAUUAUAAGGACGCGCUUUUGGAAGAGGCCUCAGCUCAGGAGGUGACUGGGGCAGGAGGAAAGGAGGCAGAAGAAACAUAUGAGGUGUGUGGGGCUGGCAUGGAUGCUGGCAUGGAUACAGAUCUGAUGGGGCUGUUAUGGGGCUGUGGCGGCGAUGGUGAUGACAUCGUGAUGGGGUGA